ACUAAAGCACUUGUAAUAUAUGUGUGUCCGACUCGUGGAUAUUGUUAGUUUGGAAAAGGUUCAACCAUGGAAUUUCCUGGAAAUCCCUAGAUGUUCCAGGUGCUUUGUCUCUGCACACCUGAAGUUGCUCGAAUUGAUCAAGAUGUGGGAUGUCGGCACAGCAGCUUAUCAGCAUUCAGAGAUCUCAGCUGGUUGCUACCCUUGGAGGAGGGUCUGUGGAGACAUUUGAGCGCUUGCUUGACUAUCUGCUCUCAUGGGACGUCCUCACUUGGGAAGAAUAUGAGAAUGUUAGUGUUGUUGGACACCCCUUGUCAAAACUGGUCAGAGACCUCUUGGAUAUUAUUUGUUGCAAAUGUGAAGAGAACUGUAGUCUUUUUAAUGAUGCACUUACGGAAGCUGAGAAGGUUCAUGUGGAAUUAUCACCUCUAAAGGCUCCAGAAGACCUAUCUCAACUAACUCAGCAUCUGCAGAAACAAAGGCCCCAAAUUGUCAGAAUAAUCCAUAAUUAUGUGGAUUCUGUUUUCCAGCAUCUCUUGGAACAUGACUGCAUUUCAAAAUAUGAAGCUGAAGCUAUCCGGCUGCCUAUAUUUUCAACAUCACAACAGGCCAGAAGACUUCUGGAUCUACUCAGAGUGAAGAACAAUGAGACUGCACAAUGUCUGAUUCACUUCAUCAACUCUUUAGAAAAAGAAGCAGCUCCUGUUCCGGACUUUUGUGCUGAUUACCAGAAGAAGUUAAAGUGCACAAUAUCUGCUCAAACUCAGUUCCUUAGCACCUAUGAUGGGGCAGAAAAUGUGUGCCUUGAAGACAUUUACAUUGAUAGUGUUCUGGAAUUAUCAGUGAAUUCAAACACUUCAACAUCUAUGCAAAGUUCCCAGAAUCCUAUGGGGUUCCACGACAUUCUGAAUUCACAAGGGAUUAUUAAUAAAAAUGCUGAUACAAUACUUGUACUUGGAGAUGCAGGAAGUGGCAAAAGCACAUUGCUUCAGCAAAUACAUAAUCUAUGGGCUGAAGGUAAAGCAUUCCACAGUUUCGCCUUCAUUUUCCCAUUUAGUUGUCGAAGGUUGCGUUGUAUUGGAAAAGAAGUGUCUUUAAAAACAUUGUUAUUUGAACACUGCUGCUGGCCCGACAAUAACCAAGAAGAUAUAUUUAAGUUUAUAUUAGACAAUCCAAGACAAGUUCUCAUUACGUUUGAUGGAUUUGAUGAAUUUAAGUUUAACUUCUCUGAAGAUGAGAAACAUUGUUCUCCAACUAACCUUACAAGUGUAAAAAGUGUUGUUUUUAAUUUGCUCCAAGGUAACCUAAUGAAGGAUUGCAUAAAAAUACUAACCAGCAGACCAAAUGCUAUCACAACCAAUAUGCGGAACUAUAUUCAAAAAGAAGUCAACUUGAAAGGAUUUUCAGUGGAGGGAAUAGAGAUGUUUAUGAAAAAACGUCACAAUGACCCAAAGACAUUCAGAGAAAUAAUUAGUCUGGUAAAGGCCAACUCUUCACUCCUCAGUUUGUGUCACAUUCCUGUUUUCUGUUGGAUAGUCUCAAGAUGCCACAAGGAGCUUAUUCUCAAUGGUUGUAGUUCUCCUCAGACUAUGACUGAUAUGUAUAUUCUAGCGCUACAACAUUUUCUACAACGUAUGUCUCUCAAAAAGAAGUUUGCGGAGAAUAUUCUUAAGAAGAGGUUUAAUUCCAUUAGACACUUAGGGAAGCUAGCUCUUCAUGGCCUGUGCCAUGGCUUAUAUGUCUUUUCAGAUCAGCAAAUUGUUGAUUCAGAGGUCAAUGAAGAUGAUAUCUCUUUGGGAUUUCUUGUCCUCUCUAAAAACUUCUCCAUGGGCAUAAGCUUGCCUACUCAACAUUAUGAAUUUUUACAUAUUACAUUUCAGUGCUUCUUUGCAGCAUUGUAUGUUGCAAUGACUGACCAUGUAGCUGCUUCUUCUCUUCACAAGUUUUUUUACUGGACCAAAAAGCCAACACGACAUCCCGUUGUACAAUUUUGCGUGUUCCUAAAGAAUGAGCUCUUGCUAAAAAAGAUUGAGAAGCAAAAUCUUCAGAUCACUGCCAGCUUUAUUUCCGGAUUGUUCUCGGAGAGACUUUACAAACUGCUGAAUGAUUCAUGGAAGCCGACAAAAUUGCCAGCAAAGCUUGUAGCCAUUAAAAAGUGUUUGACUAAAGGUCUCAAAAAACACUUCAAAUCAAUACCACCUGCUGUAGAGGGUGAGAAAAAAAGCAUGCAUGCAAUGCCAGAGUUUGUCUGGCUCUUAAAGUGUAUAUAUGAGAUGCAAGACUGCAGUCUAGCAAAGAAAUCAGUUGAAAGACUAGAGGUGGACCAUUUAAAGGUAACCUACUGUGGUGUGGGUCCAAUAGAAUGUACAGCACUAGCUUUUGUGUUGAAACAUUUGAAGAGCACCAUUGGCAUACAACUGGAUCAUAAUUCCAUUGGUGACGCAGGAAUCGAGCAGUUGAUCCCUUGUCUUCACAUUUGCAAGUCUUUGUACUUGAGAGACAACAAUAUAUCUGAUAAAGGAAUCUGCAGGUUACUGGAGCAAGCUGUAUACUGGGAGAACUUCCAAAAGAUUGCAUUAUUCAAUAACAAACUGACCGAUGAAUGUGCGGAAUCCUUUGCAAAUUUGUUACAGCAAAAACAGAAUUUCCUUUCCAUAAGAUUAGGAAAUAACUAUAUCACUCAUGUUGGUGCAAAGAUCCUGGCGCAGGGAAUAAAAGAAAGCAAAUCUCUCCAGUUUUUAGGGCUUUGGGGAAAUAGAGUUGGUGAUCUUGGUGCUCAAGCCAUUGCUGAGGCUUUGCAAGACAGUAAGAGUAUCAUUUGGGUCAGUAUGGUAGGUAACGACAUUGGAAGUGCAGGUGCCUACGCUCUAGCUGCGAUGUUAGAGAAGAACACGUCACUGAAUGAACUUUGGCUCUCUAAUAACCAUCUGGGUGAAAUGGGCGUGGCUGCCAUUGCUGAAGCUCUACAGCACAACUCAACCUUUAGUUCCAUGUGGUUAAAGGAGAACAACCUCACGCCUGAAGAGGUGGAAAAAUUCAGAAAGAUGGAUCAUCGCCUGGUCUUUUAGUGAUUCAUUCGCCAUAUGCCCAGAGCCAAACACUGAGCAGGGAUUUCAACACCAAAGGUCAUUGGUCUGUUAACAUCAGAGUAGCUAUAAGGAGGAUUUUAUGUAACAAUAUUGCAAGAGGUUUUAUAGGAAGCCAUUACUGCCAUAGGGCCCUAUUACAGUCUCCGUAAACCUGUUGUAAUUUUUUUUUCUCUUAACUUUGCACUGAGAAAACCCAUAAAACAUGUUGCACUAAGAUGCCUCCUCAGCGGUAUUUAAAUUAAUCACUUUUCACUUUUUAAAUACAUUUAGUUGAAAGAAAAAUCCCACCCAAAAAGUAAAAAUUACAACACGGGGGGGGGGUGUGCUAGGGAAGGGGUCUUUAUAAUAUCAAUAGAAAAUCUAUUUUAUCUAGAGACCUCCAAUACAGUUUAUUUCUUUCAUGUAAUUGGCAAGAGUCCAUGAGCUAGUGACGUAUGGGAUAUACAUUCCUACCAGGAGGGGCAAAGUUUCCCAAACCUCAGAAUGCCUAUAAAUACACCCCCCACCACACCCACAAUUCAGUUUUACAAACUUUGCCUCCUAUGGAGGUGGUGAAGUAAGUUUGUGCUAGAUUUCUACGUUGAUAUGCGCUUCUCAGCAUGCUGAAGCCCGGUUCCUCUCAGAGUGCAGUGAAUGACAGAGGGAUGUGAAGGGAGUAUUACCUAUUGAAUGCAAUGGUCAUCCUAACAGGGAUCUAUUUCAUAGGUUCUCUGUUAUCGGUCGUAGAGAUUCAUCUCCUACCUCCCUUUUCAGAUCGGCUAUAUACUCUUAUAUAACAUUACCUCUGCUGAUUCUCGUUUCAGUACUGGUUUGGCUAUCUACUUUAUGUAGAUGAGUGUGUUUUGGUAAAUAUGUUUUCCUUUAUUAAGACACUCUCAGCUAUGGUUUGGCAUUUUAAAUGUAAAGUUCUAAAUAUAAUGUUUGUACUUAUAUUUGGCAUGAUUCAGGUUUAUCAGUAUAUUUCCUUUUUGCAGACUGUCAGUUUAAUUUUGAGAAAUGCACAUAUAAAAAUAAAAAAAAAUAAAAAAAAAUUCUUACCUGAAAUUUUCAAAUUGACUUUUUACUAAAUUGCGGGCUGUUAGGCUCGCG